AGCCGUUAGUCGUCCGGCGCGUUUAGCGUUCAGCGUUGUUCAGUGUCAGUGUCGCCUGGCUCUUCGAGGGCAACUGACGGCUGUUGAUUCUUCCACGGCGCACCUGUCACCUGUCGAAAGGUGCGUGGGGUGAAAUGUCGCCGCCCCGCCUGAGUCGCUACUUGAUGGCCGUUCGUGGGCGCGACGGGGAGCACAGCAAAAAUUCGCAGACGGACGAGGAAAAGCAACGCGAUCGACAGCGCAACGAGCGAGAGGCCAAAAAGGAAGAGCAGGACGCCAUCAACUACAAGCGCGACAAGGAGCAACGCGGCCGUCUGCUGGACUUUGAGAUCCGGCGCCAGCAGAAGCGCGACGAGCAGCAGCAGCAGCGUCAGCAGCAGCAGCAACUGCAGCAGCAUCGCGAGCAGCAGCAUCAGCAGCGGGAGCAGCAGCGCGAGCAGCAUCGCGACCAGCAGCAGCAGCAGCAGCAGCAGCAGCAGCGGGAGCAAUCCUCCAGCGAGAAGAGUCCACCCACCACGUCCACGUCGCAACAGCAUCAGCAUCAGGUGCAUCAGCAGCAGCAGCAGCGACAGCACUUGCAUCUGCAACAGCAGCACCUGCAACAUCAGCACCAGCAGCAGCAGCAGCAACAGUCGACGGGCAGCGGCAGCAGCAACACACCCGUCACACCCAAGUUGCAGACCCCGCCCCCCGAUCGCUCGCUGCCGCCCGCCUUUCGCAGCCGCUCCAUCGAGCGGGAGAUUCUCUACGAGCGCAAGCGUUUCUCACAGCCGGAAGCCGGCGAGAUCAAGGAGCUUGACAGCACGACAACAUCAUCAUCCUCCGCCCAGCAGACUUUUCCGGGCAGAGCAGGUGCGGCGACAGGUGCAGCAGCGGCGCCUGCGAGCGGAAGUGGAAGCGGUAGCGGGCAAGCGGCAGCAGGACAAACGACGACAUUGGCGGGGCCGCCGGCAACGGCCGCAGCUGCCACAGCUGCUAUCAUCCCGAUAUUGCCGCUCGGCGUUGCAACGCUGCGCGAUGAUUCCACCGAAUCUGAGCAGUCCGUGACCUGUGCGCACAGCCAGCUCGAUGCAUACCAUCGCAUCAUGUGCCGGGCUCCCAUUGCGUCACUCGACUGUAUGGAGGAGUUCAGUGGUACGGGCGGUCAUCUUGAUUUCGGACGCUCCAUCAGCCUGGGCUCCAAUCCGGCGUUGCCUUUACGGCAUGGCUCCACGCCAACGCCGGGCCUGCGGUACAAGAAUCUGGGCAAAAGUGGUCUCCGGAUCUCCAAUGUGGGCCUUGGCACCUGGCCGGUCUUCUCACCAGGUGUAAGUGAUGACCAGGCGGAGGCCAUACUCAAAUUGGCCAUCGAGAGUGGCAUCAAUUUGUUUGACAUCUCGGAGGCGCAUUCGGAGACGGAAAUUGGCAAGAUCCUGCAGCGGGCGGGAUGGAAACGGACCGCCUAUGUCAUCACCACGAAGGUCUAUUGGAGCACCAAGUCUGAGGAGCGAGGCCUUUCAAGGAAACACAUCAUCGAGUGCGUUCGAGCCAGUUUGCAGAGAUUGCAGCUGCAGUACAUCGAUAUUGUCAUCAUUCAUAAGGCAGAUCCCAUGUGUCCCAUGGAAGUGGUGCGUGCUAUGAGCUAUGUGAUACAGCAGGGAUGGGCAAUGUACUGGGGCACCGCUCGCUGGAGCCAGGUGGAGAUCAUGGAGGCGUAUACCAAUUGCCGGCAAUUCAAUUGCAUCACACCCAUUGUGGAGCAGUCGGAGUAUCAUAUGUUCUGUCGGGAGAAGUGUGAGCUGUAUCUGCCGGAGAUGUACAACAAGAUUGGUGUGGGUUUGAUGGCCUGGGGACCCCUGUCGAUGGCCCUUAGUGACACCCAGAAUGGGGAUAAGCUCUUCCUGCCCAAGGGCUCUUUUAAGACCAAGAGCUUCUCGUGGACCGAGGAUGAGAUUAAUCGCAAUGCCGCUCUGUCGCCGCAGGGUAGUUGGGGCAAGGAUCGAAUCGAGGAGGGACGACGUCACUGCGAUCGGUUGCGUGACCUGGCCGCUCUUGCCGAGAAACUGGGCUGCAGUCCCACCCAGUUGUCCAUCGCCUGGUCGCUGAAGCAUGAGCCUGUCCAGUGCCUGCUGCUGGGCGCCACCUCGGCGGAGCAGCUCCACCAGAGUCUGCAGUCGUUGCAGCUACUGCCACGCCUCUCAUCGAGCGUGAUGCUGGAAUUGGAACGGAUAUUGGAGAACAAACCGGUGCGGCCGCCGAUGAUCUCAACUCUGGCGCUCCGGUGACAAUCAGCGUGCCCGCAGGGGCCGCUCAGCCUGAGCGGCGGCGGACCCUGCGGCGCCGAUUCGCCCAAGCAUGAGGAUGAGACCUUCAUCGAGGAGGUGGACGCUGCCAAGGAUGCUGCCAAGCAGGGCUUCUGCCUCAUCCAGUGACGAAAGGAGUCCUUAGAUAACGAUAAUAAAUUUUUGAAAGUGAUUAGCAGUAAAACUAGCCUAAGUAGCAAUACCAUGACGACAACAAUAAGCAGACAGGAGAUGCAACAGCAACAGCAGCAGCAGCAACAGCAGCAGCAGCAGCA